AUGGGCUUCAACGAAUGGAUUCACAACGCCAACUUGGCCGUCGCGCGCUCGUUCGUUGGCAAGCGCUUUCGACUCGACGGGUCAGGACAUGCCCGGGAACGAAAGGGCACGUAUUUCUUCACCGAGAUUCGAGCUGGCUUGGCCACCUUUUUCGCAAUGGCCUACAUCAUCAGCGUCAACGCCACCAUCGUCUCUCAGUCCGGCGGAACUUGCGUCUGUCCACCCGACAGCCCAGAUCUGUGUGAUAGCGACCCGGAGUACAUGCUCUGCGUCGCCGGCGUUCAGCGAGACUUGGUCACAGCCACGGCGGCGAUUUCUGCCUUGACCACGUUCUGCAUGGGUCUUUUUGCAAACAUGCCCAUCGCUCUGGCUCCGGGUAUGGGGUUGAAUGCUUAUUUCGCAUACACGGUUGUCGGCUACCACGGGUCAGGUCUUGUCCCCUACCAGGUCGCAGUCACGGCCGUGUUUGUUGAAGGAUUUGUCUUUGUCGGUUUGACUGUCCUCGGACUUCGCCAGUGGCUUGCUCGAGCGAUCCCUGCAUCCAUAAAACUGGCGACAGGUGUCGGUAUCGGAUUAUACUUGACACUGAUUGGCUUGACCUACAGCGCUGGUAUCGGUGCCGUUGUCGGCGCUCAAGCUACUCCCCUGGAGCUGGCCGGUUGCAAACCGGAGUUUCGGGACGAAGCGGGCAUGUGUCCUACAGCGGACAGGAUGCGAAACCCGACCAUGUGGAUCGGCAUCUUUUGCGGCGGCUUCUUGACCGUCAUGCUCAUGAUGUUCCGCGUCAAGGGCGCCAUCAUCUUUGGCAUUUUGUUGGUCGUCACGUUCCAUCCCAUUGAGAAGAUCUUGGUUGUACAAGAAUGGGAUAUCUCCGGGUAUGGAGGCCAAUUCGGCCUGGCGUUUAUCACCUUUCUCUACGUCGACAUUCUGGACUGCACUGGUACCUUGUACUCGAUGGCUCGAUUCGCCGGCGCGAUUGACGAAAAGACUCAAGAUUUUGAAGGAUCCGCCGUGGCAUACCUGGUUGACGCUUUUGGUAUUUCCAUUGGUGCUCUUUUUGGAACACCACCUGUUACCGCAUAUAUCGAAAGUGGUGCCGGUAUCUCGGAAGGUGGUGGCACCGGUCUCACUGCCAUGACCACGGGAUUGUGUUUCUUCAUCUCCAUCUUUUUCGCCCCCAUUUUCGCAUCCAUCCCUCCCUAUGCUACUGGAUGUGUUCUCAUCAUUGUCGGAUCUCUAAUGGCCAAAGCCGCCAAAGACAUCAACUGGCGAUACAUUGGUGACUCCAUACCCGCGUUCUUGACCAUCGCCAUCAUGCCAUUCACUUACAGUAUCGCAUAUGGCUUGAUCGCCGGUAUCAUAAGCUACAUGGUUAUCAACACUUUGGUGUGGAUCAUCGAAAAGGCGUCCGGCGGCCGCAUCAAACCCGCAGACAAGGAGUACAAGGAUCCCUGGACGUACAAGAUCGAAGGUGGUGUCUUACCACCCUGGGUCACGCGCGCCGCCAGGGGUAAGAAGGAUUUCUGGAGACCUUAUGAGGACGUCGAACAUAACACGGGCGCCGCUCCGGCUGGUGGCGCUCCUGGCAUGACUUUGGAGGGAAAGGAGGGUGGAAGCACCAGUAUCGGUGCUGCCGAGACCAUGGCUGCGGCCGGUGCUCCUGAGAGAGGAGGCUUUGGCCACAAGGGUAGUAGUACUACUAGUGGGAGUGAAGAGGGUGAAAAGGUAAAGGUUUGA